AUGGUAGCAGCAGUAGGACCUGGACGGAAAUUGCUCGACCGAGAAGGGUUUGCGGCUGAUCCACAGCAUCGCGAUAUUGAUGUAAAAUUUAAUUCCGUUGAAGAACAUUUCGAGGACUUUGAAGAUGAUUCAAACAGAAGAGAAGGUGAUAAAGCAGGAAUGGUGGAAAUAAAAUUGUCGCGGUUAACCCAGAAAAUAAUCGGUUGUGAAAUUGGGGUAAAUGUGUCAGCUGAAUAUCCAUGGAAGUUUGUUAAAAAAGAAAUUAUUGAAGACAAUCUUGAUCUACAUCAUGAGAACAGUGAGUUUUUUCCAAUACGUCAUAAAAUAUUCGAGUAUCCGGAUGAUAAUAUUUUCAUUGGUUAUGCAUCGAGUAAUAAAACCGCUGACGAUAGCGAUAAUCUUGGAACUAAUGAUGAUAAUGAUAGUGACAGUGGAAUAUUUUUUAUGUGUCUCUCGGAGUCAAGUCGAGAUCUAGUCACACGUAAAAUCAAAGCCAGAAGAAUGAGAAUUUAUAAUCUCAUGAAAAAAUCUUUCUACAAAGCAGCUGGUCGUUGGAAAACUUUAGGUAGUGACGCGGAAAUUGAUGAAUCAGUAGUCAAAAACUCUCGACCUCUUUAUGAAAUAGAAAUAAAAAAGCGAAAACGUGCGGACACUUUGAUUAAAUUGGUAAGCCGCAACGCUGAAGACCAGAGAGACGGUUACGUUGAGCUAGUGAGUACCAGGCAAAGCUUCAACAACGUCUCUCGAAGACUUGUUUCACGAGGUAACCAAGCUAAUCCACCGACUAGUGACAACGAGGUACAGACGACAACCAAGACUCCUGUAGACUCGUGGUUUCAGUACUCCUAUGACUACACGCCGAUCAAUACCACAGAUUUUAAUAAAGAUCUGGAACAAGCUGCUCGGAAAUUUCUUGACCGUUACAGAGAAUUUACCUGCGAGCAAGUAUUUUGGAAUGCCUCUUGGGAUCUGCACGCAGACGAUUGCAAGAAUUUAGUGGAGGAUGAAAGAGAUACCCGAGUUCCAGUACCGCUGGCUUUUACCGAGUAUCAAAGUUACUGUGAUGUUAAACUGACCGGAAACAAAGUUAUCAGUGAACUUUGUUGGCAUCCAUUGAUAAGUAACAUCGCAGUAGCAGCUUAUGCGACUUAUUCUAAGAGUCAAAGCACUGUGGGACCAAAAUAUUACCAGGAUAAUAUCUUACGAGCUUGUCACGAGAAUAACGAAAUUCUCUUGUGGUCUUUGGAUGACUGUCUUGUGCCAAAGUUUAUCCUCAAGUGUCCUCGUGAAGUGACCGCUGUUAGCAUUAGACCACUUGAUGGAAAUGUCAUCAUUGGAGGAUGCUCCAAUGGCCAGGUAGCAGUUUGGUCAAUUUCGGAGCAAAUUGAAUGCAUAAAACUAAAGAAAUUAAGUGAUGACGAUGCACAAACUAAGUGCAGUACAUCGAUGAAGAAUCUGAUGAACUGGAUGAAAGAGACCACAAGUUCGAGGAUGAUUUAUCCUACGGCAAUGUCCUCGAUUAGAAACGGGCAGAACGGAGCUAUAACUCAGAUAAUCUGGCUGGCGAGUUACAGUAAGCUCAACGAGAAUGGAAAGUUACUCGAGUUGGAGGAAAACUCGGACGUUGAGGAACUCGGUUGGCAGUUUGUGACAUCCAGUGAAGACGGCACAGUCGCCUUCUGGGAUCUGAGAGUGCGCGAAGAUAUUGAGUCCCACCUAGGCAUUGUGCCCAAGCCAAAAAGUACAGAAAUAAAAAUAAAAAAACAUCAGCAAGUACUUGGACGAUCGAUAUCAUCUCUGAAAGUACACGACGGUCUAUUGAGUCCUACAUACAUACUAUCUGUUGAAAAAAGUAUAUCAAACUCAGAGUCCUGCAAUACCGUUGUCAUCACCACAAUGACCUUCUACAGUCCUCAAAUCCAACGAGUUGAAGUUGAGCCAUUUCCGGUCGACUUGCAUCAUCACGACACUACCGAUCCUGUUGGAACUCCAAGAUAUUACAAAUCUGUAAUAGAAAAACCGACAGGAAUAUCACAAAUGCUUCGAAUAAUUCUCGUGGGUACUCUCGAUGGCGAUGUAGGCCGAAUCACGUGGGAUGGUUUUGAUUUUGAAACUGGACUAACAGUGAAUCGCGAAUCGGCCCGGUGGAUCUGGCGAAACGAAGGCAUUCACGAUGGACCUGUCACCCAUUCGAUAAGAUCUUGCUAUCUUGAUAAUGUCAUAUUAACUGUAGGUGGAAAAAGCUUCGCCAUUUGGCGUGAGGAUUUUGAUGAACCCAUUUUCUUCAGAAGAUCCUCGAUAAGAUACACCGCGUGUUCAUGGUAUACUUGCCGUCCGACAGUCUUUAUGCUGGCACGUGCUGACGGCACCAUUGAAUUCUGGGACUUAAUGGUCAAAAGCAACGAAGCUUGCUUCACACAAAGUCUCUCGGGUCAGAUCAUAACGGGAAUUUACCCACACGAGUUUGCUACAACGCUUAAAGCUGACGGUACUGUUGCUACUGGGCAGUGUGUUGCUUUUUGUGAUGUUAAUGGCAUGAUGCGGGUCUUCACAGUGCCACCAGAGUUUUCAGUCUUCGAGGAGGGUAACGUCCACUGGAUGAGGGCAUUUGUGGACUGUGAGGUCAACAGAAUAGAAUUAACAAGACAAUGGACAAAGUCUUGGAUGGACAAUACUGACAACAACAAGAGUAUCGAAAAAACUACUAGCCAUUCUCAAGAAGUUCGAAAAAAAGUUAUUAAAACUGUGGACAAAACCGAACCCGGUCGAGUGACUAAAAUCGAUAAGACAAUAAAAUCUAAACCGGAACGUACAAGACAAUUUAUUAAGGAAGCACAAAACAAUUGGAAGACAAUGGAAUUGAAACGUAUGCAACGAGUAAUUUUGGCAAAGAAGGGGCUCCGUGCCGAGGAACUCGAGAGACGUCGGGAACCAGUAUUAAAGCUACGGCAGGAAGGAUUGAAAAAAGAAGAAAAAAUUCGUGAUAUGAUGCAGCAGAGAGACCGGAUAUUCGAGGACACAGUGGCCUUCCUUUUUCCGGAACGGAACUACGACUACGGCUAUGGCUAUGGCUACGCCAACGUGACCACUAUAAAGACGGAGAAACUUGAUAACAAGGAUAGUAAGGGUGUCAGGAAAACUACUACUACUACUGCUGCUGCUACCACUAACACUACCACUACUGGUGAUAUUACUGCUGGAACUACAACUACAAUAACGUCUUGUACGAAAACCUCCUUUAUUCAUUCCUCAAAGACCAAUUCGACUUUGGUAACGCCAGACAAUCUUCAACAGAUUAUACAUAACUUCCAACAAGUUUCUGUGGAUUUGGAAAUUAUGCGGCGAAAUCAUGCAAGGAUGUCUGUUGAUUCUUUUGAUUGGCAGCAGACCUUGAUUGAGGCACAGAAACGUGCUAAAGAUGAUCGAAAAUGACGUCAAAGAGGAGAUAAAAAAGAUAUAAAAAGACAGAGAUA